GGCGGAUCAAAGCCGAGACAAUAACAACUCUGCAGAGGAUACAUGACCAGCGGCACGAGCGGUACAACCAAUUCUCUGGAUGUGCCAGAAGAUUGUGUUCCAAUCAUAUACAACGCCUGCUAACCCAAACCGGCUGACGGUGGCUUUGUUAGACAGGAGCCACGAGAAUGCCAUCAAAUUGAAGUUCAUGUGCUUCAAGAGCCUCGAACUCUGGUUCCGUUCCGGGCCCCUUCUUUUCGUCUGAGCUGGCUCCCGAGGCGUUAUAAUUUUGACUGAUAUGAUCUUCCCUGAUCCCUCUCACCGUGUCGACUUGGCUCUGAUCUACAACUACGUCCUUUCGGAGAUUCGUACACCAAUAACCUCACAAGAAGAAGAGCAGGAUGCUUCUGGUGCACACCCGUGAUCACCAUACAUACAUGGUCCGUGGCCGGUUGACAAUGCAAUCUAGGUCCACAUGCCCAUCAGCGCAACCACAUUCAACCACAGCUCUCCACAUGCAGGAUUUCGGGUUGUGGGACCAACCCUGCAGCCUCUUUGGCGUCUGGCAAGUAUUGCGACGUGAAGGUUACGGAGGAUUUUUGUUGAACUCGAUCGCCAACGUCCAAGACGGGUUAUUUCUUCAACAGCAGUGUUGCAUUGCCCCUUGGAACCCCGGAAUAGAGCCCGAAACAGCAGAGCGUUCGUUUCGGUCCAAUGCCCAUUGUGAUGAAAAUUUGUCCAGGGCACACCGACAUUCGAUGUUGAGAUUUCUCGGUUUUCAUCCCUGAUGAGCGAGGCUGAUCCCUUCUUCACUAGACCUGAGUCCGCUGAAGGGGCCCUGUUCUAUUCAUAUCGCGGCUUAAAAUUUCGUCGCCUCUUCCAACACUGCGACUGGGCGGCUUACUCAUUUCACGCUUGAUCAGUGGCCAUUCACAUUCGCCUUGUUGUUUACAGCGUGGCUAGCCUCUCCUAUUUGAAGAUCAUGACUCAUUCGCUAUGAGGGAAUGGUUAUCAUUUUCCAUCGCUGCACCAUUAUCAACAAAAGAACACUCGACAUCGGUCCUACGUGAUUUAGAAUGACUGCUCGCAUAUUUUCGCAUUUUGUCAAAUAAUAAGCUAGCAAGGCAGUUCCACAAGAUGAUCUUAUUUGAGAUUUUAUGCGACCGUGCAAUUUCACUUAUCCUAGCGGCCCUUUAUUGUAUGGCGAUCCACCUUUUACUCUGUGGUUG